CCUUUAUAGGUUAUGAUCGUUCUUGUCGGUUUGUCAACUAAUAAAAACACGUGUAUUAAAAAUUACAUCGUUUUGUGUAAUAAUGGCAGGUCCACUAAAAAAACGAAAUGUUGACUCAGAAGAAGGUGAUUCAAAUUCAGGAAGUGGUAAUGAAAGUGAUAAUCCUGAUAUAUACAAUGGCGGUGAAGUAAUUGAAGCGGAUUUCGAAGGACGCAAUCCUGAUUCAAGUGAUUUCCAUGGUAUUAAACAAUUGAUGCAACAAUUAUUCUUGAAAGCACAUAUCGAUUUAUCCCAGUUAAGUGAUAUGAUUAUUGCACAAUCAAAUGUUGGCAGUGUAUUAAAACAAAGUCUUGGAGAUGUUGAAGAUAGCGAUGAAGAUGACGAUAUGGAUGAUAUUAAUGAUGUGUUUGGAGUUACGACUGUUAUAAAUUUAACGGAGAAAAAGAAUGUUGAUUGCAUUCAACAACUUCGAAGUUUGUUGGUUGAAUUAGCUGAAAAACAUGGCACCGAUCAUGUAACCAAUACAAUACGAAACAUUCUAGGAAACGAUGCUAAACAUGUUGGAUUAUUAAUAAAUGAACGAUUUAUAAAUAUUCCAGCAAAAAUUGCUGAUCCUUUGUUUGAAUCGUUAAUCAGUGAAAUAAAUAAAGCAAACUCCAAAAAUUUAAAAUUUAAUUUCGGCUACUAUAUUUUAAUAUGUAAAUUGUAUAAACAAGAUGCAAAGAAAGGUAAUAAAACAAAACCUGCUGAAGUAUACUUUUCCAAUCCAGAAGAGGAAUUGUUUGAUGAAGAAACUGAUAUAAAAUUCGAAUUCUCUGUGAAAAAUGAAAGCGAUUCAGGUGUUGCCGGACAUUGGCUAGAAGAGGAUGAAACUAUGACACCAUAUCGACGUGUAUUGUUAUUUCCAGCUGAAAAAUUGUCUACAAUAUUGCAAAAAGUAAAAACAUAUUGUGCGAGUUAAUAAAGAUGUAUUAUAAAAUAA